AGUAACGCGCCACACUCACUAUGGCUUUAGCCGCAAGCAGGACGCUUUUGGCGCUAUUCGUUACGUUUUGCGCACCAGGAUGCGGAUGGACAGCAGAGAAGCCCCUGCGGUCACCCAAUGGAAAACAGACCUCUGUGGACAAGGACCUGAGGGAGAGCUGGGAGCCUUCAAUUCAUCUGGAUGGAAGACCUGUUGAUCGCUUCGUCAUCAGCCCCAACAAGCCCACGAGGUCUCAUCGCUUCACAAAAGCGGAAAAGGACAGUCGCUCUCAGCUACUGGAGGAUGUAGACCCUGAAUGGGUUAACCUGGAUGGCUUUGCUGUGUUGGGCGGUGCACCUGUCAGCAACUCAUCAGCAGGUCCAGCCAGGUCCCCACCAACAGCUGCCAGAAUUCAGCCCUCAGUACGGAGGGCCACCAGAGUGGACAGAACAGCUCGCCCACUGGGCGUGUCUAAUACCAGGACACACAGGAGGGCCCCCCAGUCCUCCUCAGGUCCCAGGCAGCCUGAGAGAGCAUCAGUGGGAACUCCCCCGCUGGAAAGGAGAAGGCAUCACACCAAGCCUCAAUCGGACCAGAGAAACCGAAACACACCCAAACUAACAUCUGAGUCCGUUCAUGUGGUGUCACUGCAGGCACAGAAAGCCCUGGGCCGGAGCGCACCCGCCAACAGAGCCGUCGCAACCAAAACAACCACAACAGAGCCACCGGAGUACGAGGCCAAGGACAUCAGUGUCAGGGUCAUGUCUCCUCAAUCAGUCCUCAUCUCCUGGGUUGACCCUCUUGUUGAGAUGGGGAAGGUCGACCCCAGGGAAAUCAGAUCAUACACAGUCAGGUACAGGGAGAAGGGUGAGUCAGCACGCUGGGAGUACAAGGACAGCACCCAGAGGAGGAUGAUGAUAGAUACCCUGUCUGCUGAUGGCAUGUAUGAGUUCUCUGUCAGAAUCUCUCAGGGAGAAAAUCAUGGGAAGUGGAGCGUCUCCGUCUUUCAGAGGACCCCUGAAUCAGCACCAUCUGGGCCACCAGACAACUUCGAGGUCAAGCCACUACGAGGGAAGGGAACCGCUGUCAUUGCAACAUGGGAUCCACCUGAGGAACCCAAUGGGAGGAUAAGAGAGUACAUCCUGUCUUAUGCUCCUGCUAUGAAGCCAUUCGGAAUGAAAAGUGUGACAUACCGUAGCAGCCAAACUUCAGCUACUGUAGAUGGCCUCACACCUGGAGAUCGGUACAUCUUUAAGAUUAGAGCGACCAACAGGAGGGGACAGGGACCACAGAGCAAGGCCUUCAGUGUUGUCAUGCCAGGAUCCAGCAGUGCUGCCUCGUCGAUUUCAAAAACCACAGACAGCCGCAGGACUAUCCACACUCCUUCCAAACAAGAUACCGACCAUGAAGAAUCUGACCUCCAGUCAACAGAGGUGACAGAAGAACCAACCACACCGCCACGCCCUGCUGUACCUGCGAACAGGCGUGUGCGCCCACUUUCCCAGUCACGCUCCUAUCACAGCAUCUUCUCCUCUGUAAGGGGCUCAGUCAGGAACACAGCGAACAGAGGGUCGUCCAGAGGAAGAGCUCAAGAUAGAGAACAAGAGGAGGUGGAAGAGAAAAUACCCACAACGCCACCUCCAGUAGAAGAGACAACAACCAUGGAGGUUGUGAUGGAGACAAAAGAACCAGACAAUGACGUUUCCCCUGAAUUUGAGGAUGAAGUUGAAUACAUUCAAGAGCUUCUGACUACUACCACCCCCAGCCUCAAAGUGUUGACGCCCUCCCCAACUAAACCUCGUCCAAAUCAAAUGCCCAGAAGGCCCAUUAAGAUCAGGGUUCACCAAAAACCAUCCAAGGCUGAUUCAUCUUUAUCCACCUCUUCGUCAUCUUCUGCUUCAUCCUCCUCUUCUUCUGAUUCCUCCUCAUCAUCAUCUUCUUCUUCUUCAUCCUCAUCAUCUUCACCUUCUACCACCUCAUUAUCCUCCUCUUCACCUAUCCAAGAGUCAGCAGCCAGUAGAAAGGACUAUGUUGCCUCGACAUACCCAGAGAACAAGGAAACCUACAAUAAGCCCGUCGUGACACAUACAAAAACCUCCCCUACAAUCGUAAAAGAGACCAACUCCCAGCAGACAGAUGCUACAUCUACUGGUAGAGGCUCGUCUACAGCGGGUCGCACCAAUGGUUCUGGGUUGGGCUCUAGAUAUGGUUACAGUCGCAGACAUCCUGGAAUUUUGUUUAGAGGGAACUCAACUCGAAUGCUGAAUGGUUACAAACCUGCCAUCACCUCACAGUCGAAUUUACCGAGCAGAACUCCGAACCAAGCUACUUCAAACACACAUAGUUCAGCAACAUCACAGUCCACUUUACCAGAAAGGACUCAAACCCAGGGAACAUCGCAUACCUUAAAUUCAGAAACGUCCAGGUCCCCUUUAGGAAGUGGAACUCACAGCCAGGCAGGAUCAGAUGCAAAUAAUUUUGAUAAAUCACAGUCUAGGUCUGAAGGCUCUCCAACUUCACACAACACACAGAGUUCACACACAUCACCUGAACAAGACAUAACACACAGAGAGGGAAAUAAUGACAAUAAUUACAGAAACACAGGCGCAGAAGUAACCAAAGUUGAAGAGCCUACUUUAAGUUCCAAACCUCAACCCACAGAAGAGAGAGAAGGAAGGGAGGAGAGCGAAAAUGAAAAACGUACGGCUCCUCGUACCAGACUUAGCCCCUCAUUUGCUGAAAGGUUCCCGUGGCUAGCUAACCGUUACCCAGGCAGGUUCGGAUCAGGGACAAGAACUUCAUCUUCCAGGCAGGAUGGUAGGACCCCCCUGACCAGGACAUCGUCCUCCAUUGGGGCUGGCAGACCCGUCUUGAGUCGGACUCCCACCAGGGUCUCAGGGGCCACGGGAGCUGCAGGAGUUUCCACAAUACAGGAGACCAGUGAGGAUCUGGGGACUCCUGACUCACUAAAGAAUGUGGUAGGCACAGGUUCAGUUAAGCCUUUGACCAAAGACAAUACAGCAUCCAGUGACACUAGAAACCCAACUACCUCAUCAUCUUCCUCCUCUUCAAACUCUGAUUCCCAUCAUCCCUCAGGUGGACACAGAGACUCAAGUGAAACUGUCCAUAGAGGAAGCUCUAAUGACAAUAGUAACGAUCGUAAUAAGGAUUAUCUCAGUGAAAGGAAUAGAGAAAUAAGUGGAAAACAUGAUAAAGAUGAAGACCCCACAGCAGCCCAAAAGAAUCCUACUUCAGCUGAGCCUCACAGAAACGUAGAGGACAAUGAAAGUUUGGAUACAGGGGUAACUUAUUCCAGGGCAAGACCUGUCUCACCAUCCGGAGGCAGUCCACCUUAUCGUCGUCCAGGUGUGGGUUCAAACGGGAGGGUACGCUCACCUCUGCUGGCUAACAGGCAGUUUGGUGGAUCUAGGCUUCCCAUUAGACCGCAGCCAGCACAGAACUCAAGGCUGGGUUCUUCAACGUCUGAUGCCUCCUCAACAUCAACUGACUCUUCUUCUUCCUCCAAUCUGCCCCAGCCAGUUUUGACCUCAGAUCGUGACAUUGGCAGUGGCACUACUGUGACAAAGACAGGGGGAUUGAUUGAAGGCAGCUCCCAGUCCACAUCAUCAUCCUCAGCAUCAAGAGACAACUUAAGGGGCCAGGGAGGUCGAUCUCGCUAUCCCAUCGUCAGAGGGAAACCAACCAAUGGAGGACAAUUAAAACCAGGAAAUGGAAAUGGUAAAAAUGGACGACCCAACCUGACAGCAACAAGUGAUAAAGAGUCCUCCCCCUCUCAUGGAAUCAGCAAGGCCGUUGGUCAGAGGUUUAUCACUGGACCUGAUGGGACCAAAUGGGUGGUAGACUUGGAGCAGGGAGUUCUUAUGAACCAGGAGGGACAAAUUCUCCAGGACUCCCAGGGUAAACCCAAGAGGGUGGUGCUUGGAGAGGAUGGACGCACAAUUUUUGACCACAUGGGCAGCCCUCUUGUAAACCACGAGGGCAUGGCUUUGUUUGGCCAUGGCCGAGACAGCCGGCCUGUGGUCAACCCCAAAGACAAGGUCCUCAUGGUUGGAGGGAAACCUCUACGUGGCCUGGACCUUCCUCACCACAGGACCACCACCACCACCACCACUACCACUACCACCACCACCACAGCUCCUACCACCACACCUGAACUCACAACCACUGAGUGGUUCAUAGAGGAGUCUACCACUGAACCACCGUUCCCAACCUGCCCACCUGGAACCUACUCCAAAACGGAUGAAUUUGGGUAUCCGUUGCUGGAUCCAGAGGGAAUACUGGACUGUUAUCCAGAAGAGGAGUCCUCAGGAAUGGAAAUGGACCUCAUGAUUACAGGGAACAUGGUGCCUGAUGCUUUAGCUCUUAAGAAAGAUGACUUUUUUGUCCAGACCACUCGGCCACCCACAUCCACCACAACCACAACCACAACCACCACAGAGAUCCCGACUCCGGAGCCAGAGUCUAGACCCUUCCACCACAGCCCGUUGUCUGAGUUUGACCUCAGUGGGAAGAAGAGAUUCACAGCUCCCUAUGUGAACUACAUCCAGAAGGACCCCGCUGCUCCUUGCUCCUUGACGGAGGCUCUGGAGUAUCUUCAGGUCGAUGUCCUCGAAAACUUGUUGGAGAAGGACAGUCUGGCAGUCAAUCAGAGACAGCCUCCCAAAAACAAGCCUCAUAACCUCACUGUAGUCGCCAUGGAGGGCUGCCAUUCGUUUAUUAUUCUGGACUGGGGCCGCCCGCUAAAGGAUGAUAUGGUGUCAGGCUACAUGGUCUACAGUGCUUCUUAUGACGAUGUCCUCAACAACAGAUGGUCCUCUAGAGCCUCAAGCGGGACACACCUGCCUGUGGAGAAUCUCAAACCCAACUCUAGGUACUACUUCAAAGUGCAGGCCAAGAAUGUGUUUGGUUUGGGACCCAUCAGCGAUACGCUCACCUAUGUCACAGAAUCAGACGAUCCUCUUCUCAUCGAAAGACCACCUGGUGGAGAACCAAUCUGGAUCCCCUUUUCCUUCAAGUAUAACUCAGCCCACAGCAGCUGUAAGGGCAGCCAGUAUGUCAAGCGGACAUGGUACAGGAAGUUUGUGGGAGUCGUUUUGUGUAACUCUCUGCGAUACAAGAUCUUCAUGGGAGACGGUCUCAGAGAGCCAUUUUACAGUAUAGGAGAUACAUUUGGCCAGGGAGAGGACCACUGCCAGUUUGUGGACUCCUACAGGGAUGGGAGGACAGGUCCAGCCUACCUUUCAAAUCAUCUGCCCUCAGCGCAAGGAUUUUAUCGUGCCUACAGACAGGAGCCAGUUUCAUUUGGAGUCAUUGGCCGACGCACAGCCCAUCCAUUCGUGGGCUGGUAUGAAUGCGGGGUGCCCAUCCCUGGGAAAUGGUAACACAGGAGGAGACAUUGUUACUGAGGGAAACCCGUCUGCAUCCUGCUGCAGGCUCUGACCUUCACUGGUCCUGCCCUUAAAAACAGACUUUUGCCUGCCACAAUGAAACGACACCACUACGAAUUUAUCACAGCUUCACAGAAAGAGAAUAUAGUACUUUUUAAACAACUCAAUGUAUAUCAUUACAAUGCACUUUUUAUAUAAAGCAGUCUGUAUAUGAGGGGAAAAAAAGAAGCAUGUGUGCUCUUGCUUAGUUUAACUCUUGUCUUGAAGUGUCCUAUUCCCAACUAUUCCAGAGACAGGUCGUCACCCAGUGUUAUUUAUCUCAUCAAAUAUGCACACACACGGUCAAACCAGUGACAUUGGACCAAAGCACAAGCUGCAAAGCAAACUGUAAGAAUGGGCACUUAAGAUGUGUAUAGGUCUGUUAAUUUUCAAUCGUGAGAUUUGUAUUUCAUAAUGUAACAGCUUCGGAGAGCUACUUUUUGUUUGUUUAUUUGUGUUCUUAAACCAUCAUACUGUUUUUGUUUUUGUUUGUACACCUUUUUGGUAUUCACCAGAAUUCACUUAGUUACUGUGUAAGUUUUGUAUGUAUACGGACAAAGAAUAAAAGACCAAAUAUUUGCUCAGGAAUUGUGAGAGAUUGAAUAAAGGUGUUAUGGAAACCACAGCAAUCCAAAAA